UCAGGUACUACUUUAGACGGUGUUGCUAUUAAAAAAGUUGAUUCCCAUCUUUUUGUUUUCUCCGUGGGUGGGGAUGAAGGUGAUGACUUAUCUUUGACUUUUAAAGAUACUGCUUUAGAAGAUCAAGAUGGAACUGGUGUUUACAUUAACCCCGACACUGGUGAAGUUGGAAGCGUAAGUGGAACUCAAAGUCCAACUGAAGAGUUUUCUUACACCCAUGAUAUUUUACUUUAUCAAGGCAAGAGUGAAUGGAAAGCUUGCCCAAGCGGUGAAAACAAGUACUCCUUAGUUUCUGGUAAAGAUUGUGAAGGAGGUACCGAUAUUUACUUGAAAAUGUCU